AUGAACGGAACAGGAGGAGACUCGAAAUCCAGCGAUGGGCUUAUUGAUGCCCUGGAGAGCGCCCCUACGGACGCAAAGGGCGCAAACACGUCGAAGGACAGUCCGACGGGGCCAGAAGACCUGGUGACACGGGCGUUACGUUUCCUCUCCACAGCUUCGGUAGAGACGAUCGGCGCAAUUGCUGUUGGAUUGGCAGCAUCUACAUAUCUUAUUCUUGGGAAACUGGGUUUAGUACUCAUAGGCGCAUUGGGAGGCGUGGUCUUGCAUGCAACGUGGGAGGGCCAGUCCGAUGCGCCCGGCAUUUUAGAAAAUGCUCGGAGAGAAAAAUCUCUGGACGUGAUAACGCGGGUUCUGGAAUGGAGAACUGUGAAGAUCGAAGCCCAGGAGGAGGAGGACGAUAAUAGUAUCGUCGGGGCUACGUUCGAAGGAUUCCGGCCAGAAACUGCGGCCGCUCUCAAUGAGCUCGUCGAAGCCGUAAUCCAAAACUAUGUGAAGUGGUGGUAUAAUCCCAUACUUCCAAGCGACCAGUCCUUCCCAGCAGUGUCCCGUCAGACUCUGACGAGAUUCAUUCUUUCAAUCGCGAAUCACCUGUCCCGAAAGCGGCCUGCGGAUACUUUUCUCGACUUCCUCACGAAUUCCUCCUCGAUCGUUAUAGUCUUUCUUAGCGAACUCUCGAGCGCACUUUCAUCAACGCAAGGUACCAAUGUACCCGCCGCUGAAGCAGUUUACGCAUACUUAUCUGCAAAUCCCGACUCGAAUCUGGCCAAUGUCCUGAACGAGAAGCAACAUAUGAAGAAGUUUAAGAUGGUUGCAGAUGAUGUACUCCAAAAUUUCUUAGAGAAGCCAGUAUACAACUGCGAUCCUGCGCGGGUUUUCCUAAGAGAGAUUCUGGCUGGAGUUAUGCUAGAUAUGACCCUGAAGAGUUGGUCCAAGCCGGAAUGGAUCAAUGGUUGGAUUGUCUAUCUAUUGGAAGAUGGCGAACCGGAUUUCAAUCAGGCAAUAGAUGCAGGAAUGGGAAAUGCCACGGAUCUAAGCAGUCCGUUUAAUGAUAUAGAUGGAAACGUGGGUAAUGUGGGCCUAGCCAAGGCGCCCAAAUCACCACAAUCGCCGCGAGAAAUCCGAGCGCAAGAAUCGAAAGGACACAAGAAACGUUUGAGCAAAGCCGAGGAAGCUAUGGAAGAGGCAAUGGAAGAGGCGAAAAGACUAUCUCAGCUAAUAGCCGAGGAAGAGGCAAAGAAUGGCCCUGCUACUGGAACUUCGGUUGAUGAUGUCCCUAAACCGUUGGAAACGGCAGUUGAACGGAACCCUCUCGGUUCAGCUCCGAGUAUAGCCGCGUCGAUCAGCGAUGUCUCGCAACAAGACUCUUCCAGUUCAAGCCCAAGUCUUGUACAAGAUCGCAGCAGCUCUGUUGAGUCCCCGGUGUCUCCAAACUCCUCAACAAGUGCUCCACCUCAGCCACCUCGGGAUGCAGCCCCUUUCACCAGCUUUGAUCAGAUUGUACCACCAGCGCAAGUUUCUGCACUUCAGGAAGAACCGCCCCGUCCUCGAAGAAAGACGAUUGCUCUCACACUUCAAAAUGCCAAUAUUGUAAUUCACGAUGACUCAACAGCGAACGACAAAGGGAAAAUUCGUAACAAACCAAAUGGGGACUAUCUAAUUCAGAUUGAGCCUGCCUCCUCUGACCAUCCUGGUUGGAUGAUUGUACGCAGAUAUCCGGAUUUUGAGACUUUGCACGAAGUUUUACGGCGGAUUGCGCAGAUUUCUGGAGUAGCAGCAUUUACCGAGCAACAUAAUUUGCUUCCCAAUUGGAAAGAACACACAAAGUCUUCUCUACGGGGCGAGCUCGAGAGAUAUCUACGAGAAGCCUGUUGGCAUCAAUCGCUCGCGGAGAGCGAGGGCAUGAAGAGAUUUCUAGAAAAAGAUCAAGGGCAGUCAAUGUCAGGCUCUGGUUCGAAGAAUGGCUUUCCUGGUAUCGGUUGGCCUACUCCCUCCGCCUUCGAGACAAUGGGGAAAGGCAUGCUAGACGUACUGACCAGUGCGCCCAAAGGUGUGGCGGAAGGUGGCAAAGUAAUUGGAGGUGGAAUAACCGGAGUCUUUUCGAAUAUUGGAAAUCUCGGCCAGAAGAAAGCAAACGGAAGCUCGUCCAAUGUAUCCACGCACUCUGCCGGUCGAGCGUCGACAUCCACCCUCCCGCGAAUUGAUAGUAUAAAUUCGACUACAAGUAGUCGAAGGGGAAGGAUGAGUGAGGAUAGUUUACGAGCGGUACCAGUUGUUCAGACACAACCAUCAAAGCUCCCACCAAUGGAACGCAGACCAAGCUACAAUUCGAUUGCGGAAGACAACGAGGAGCGUGACGCUCCGUACCCAACAUCUUCAAGGUCAUCCAUGAGUGGCCGAAGGAGCGCUGUUCACAGUCGCGACCCCAGUAGAGCCCCGUCAAGGAAAGGAACCCCGAUCUCGUCCCCUACACAGCUUUUCAUUGAUGAACUCAAAUUACCUCCUCCGCCUAGUGCCAUUGAUGAGAACUAUGGAACUCAGGGCUCGGAUUCUCAUAUCUCUCAUGCACACAAGGAGAGUAUUGCUUCGGUCGGUCGGACGUCUACGAGCACAGCACCAUCCCAACAAUCCCCAGGGCGGCCAUCGCUUUCCGCAGCUCGAAGGUCCUCCGUGCAGGUAAAUCAGACGCCUCGAAAAAUUCGUAAAGAGCCUACACCAGUUACCGAAGCAGAAACCCGAGUGGCUGUAGAACUUCUGUUCGCUGUGAUCAGCGAGCUUUACACCCUUUCGUCAGCAUGGAAGUUCCGAAGGACGUUGCUCAACGCAGCGAAGACGUUCCUCCUACGGCCUGGGAAUCCGUCGUUAUCCUCUAUUCAGUCCCUUAUCCAAGAUUCGGUUAUCGCGUCUAAUGCCUCUGAUUCCGGCAUGGCCGCUCAUCUACUAAAAUUGCGGGAAAAUACUAUGCCUACAGAAGAAGAACUAAAGGCCUGGCCAGCGGAGAUGUCGAUGGAGGAGAAGGAAAGAUUACGAAUCAAGGCUAGGAAACUGCUAGUCGAAAGAGGCGUUCCCACCGCCCUGACUGGGGUGAUGGGUCAAGCUGCUACUGGUGAAGCUAUGGGGAAGAUCUUCGAUUGCCUGCAGAUCGAAGAGGUGAAUCGUGGGUUGAUGUUCGGCAUGAUACUACAAUGUGUUCGCGCCGUCACGCAAUGA